AUGGCAUCGGUCGACGACCUCUUCCGCAGGCCCAAUACGGCACCAAAGCGCAAGUUUGCCGACCCAACUACUUCGUUCAACAAAUCCGCGAAACUAGCAAAUGGCUCCUCCGCACGGUCUUCUUCACGGUCUCAACCUCCGCCUCCAUCAGUCGAAGAGGAAGGACCAGCACCACCGCCCGAAGAUGAGGACGACGAUAUGGAGGCAGGCCCAGCACUCCCACCAGACGAAGACGAAGAGGAUGACCCAGAAGGGGAGGACGAAGAAGGCCGCUUCUUCGGCUCCGGCGUGACAGACGCCGAGCGACAGGCCAUGAACAUCAUCAACGCCAACGACACCGACCCAGACAACCUCGACGCCCCCGAAACAAUAGACCUCACCUGGCUGAAACGCACAGCCCUCUCAUUCGAGCGCAAGAUCAACAAGAACGCCGAACUACGAGCCAAAUACGCCGACGACCCUCUCAAGUUCGUCUCCAGCGAAGCAGACCUCGAUAGCGAGAUCAAGACCCUCUCCCUCCUCGCCGAAUACCCCCACCUCUUCCCCGAAUUCGUCAAAUCAGGCAACAUCGCCAUCUCCGCCGCCGAAGUCCUCGAAGAACUAACAGACGAAGACACGUCCGCCACCCCCGAACAAUGGACCGCACUAGCCAAAGGGCUCUCCGCCGCCGGCAUCAUCCCUCUGCUCGUCUCCAACCUCUCCCGCCUCAACGAAACCUCCAGCGACGCCGACCGGGAAGCACCCACCACCGCGCGUGCCAGCGUCGGCCAGAACAGGCAAUACGCAGCCGAACUCCUCGCGAUCCUCCUGCAAUCUCCCACUAACGCCCAACCCAACCGCAAACUCGUAGCCGAGCAAGAUGGCGUAGACGCAAUCCUCCAACUCCUCGCCCCUUACCGCAACCACGACCCCGAACGGGACAGCGACGAGGAGGAAUUCGUCGAGAAUCUAUUCGACUGCCUGACCUGCCUCGUCGAAGACGAGCCACCGGCCACGAAAUUCCUCGAGGCGGAGGGGAUGGAGUUGUGCCUGAUCAUGCUGCGCGAGGGCAAAGUCUCAAAGUCGCGUGCGUUGAAGGUGUUGGAUCACGGUAUGGCUGGGGACGGCGCCGUAGCGGUCUGUGGACAGGUCGUGGAGGCGGGUGGGCUGAAAACACUCUUCGGUUUGCUGAUGAAGACUAAGGACAAGGACGCGGCGACAUCGUCAUCUUCGAAUAAGAAAGGCGGAGGGCUAGAUAGGGAGAGCGCAGAGCACCUCAUCAACAUCCUCGCCAGCUUACUGCGGUACACACCCGCUGAGAGUCCGGCACGGAUACGCACGCUCGCGAAGUUUGUGGAGCGGGAGUACGAGAAGACGACGCGGGUUGUUGAGUUGAGGAGGGAGUAUCAGGUGCGGUUGCAGAGAGUCGAUGCUCAGAUCGAGAAAGAAAGGACCAGCAACGGCACAACAGCGGACGAGGACGACCACGCAGAGCUCGAAGACGAAUGGCUCUCCCGCCGCCUCGACGCGGGACUGUUCAGCUUGCAGACCCUGGAUGUGGUGUUGAGCUGGCUAGCAGCAGAAGAUGGCGGAGCGAGGGCGAAGAUCGACCAGGUCGUAGGUCUAGCAGUUCUUAAGCAGAGCUUAAGCGGACAGCUGUCGAGCAUUGCGCCCGAGACGGAUAGGGGGAGGGAUACGGGGGAGGUGCUGGGGGCGUUGAUUGCCUGUCUAUAG